AUGGUAUUGAAACUUGAUAUUGACUUUUUUAUUAAUUGGUUCGGGCUUACCAUACUGAAAUACCCUAUUUUAUUAUAUUUACCAUUUCUUAACUCAGAACACUUUCAAUUACCAUUGCAGGUUUACUAUGAUUUAAUUUUAUAUUCAGCAUUAUUGAGAGCAUUUCUAUUACUAAACUCGUGGUUUAAAUGUACAUAUUCGACUAGCGAGUGGUCACCAUUGAGUGAGAUAGAUGAUUUGAAUGUAUUAGUCACUGGAGGCAGUAAUGGUCUUGGGAAGGCUCUUAUUGAAACAAUUUUGACAGAACUUGGCGAAAAAAAGAAAGUUAAUAUAAUUAAUAUUGAUAUAAGUAAUUAUUCAGGGAACGAUGAGAGGGUUCAUACUUAUCUUUGUGAUCUAACAAUUCCAUCGAUGCUAAACAAAAUAAUUGAUACCAUAUAUGAAAACGUGUUAAUCGGUGGAACAAAGCAAUUUCAUUUAAUAAUUAAUAAUGCAGGAAUGAGAUCAAAAUUCAAGAAAUUUGAAGCUUUCACAGAGAAAGAGAUCAGAGAUCUAAUGCAAAUUAACUCAAUAACGCCGGUAACUAUUAUCCAAAGGUUAUCACCACUGAGAAACUGUAAACAGAUUGAUUCUAAACACAAACAAUGUUAUAUUGUCAACAUUGCGAGCAGUCUUGGUAUUCUAGCAGCUUCUAAAGUCUCGAUUUAUGCCGCAAGUAAGGCAGCGCUGAUAUCCUUCCACAACUCAUUGAAAUUCGAAAUUCUUGCAGACCCUACGAAUAAAAGAAAUAUUAAGACAUUACUUGUAAUUGCAGGUCAAUUAAAUACAGAAAUGUUCUCAGGUUUUACUCCACCAAGACAAUUUUUUGCUCCUAUCGUUGAUGUUAAAGAUUUAAGUCGAAAGAUUAUUAAUAAAUGUAAUAUUGGUGAAUUUUGCCAAUUGAAUGAACCAUUUUAUGCAAAUUUUGCAUAUUUACUAAUGAGUUUACCUUUGGUGAUACAAUGGAUAGCUAGAAAAUUAUCUGGUAUGGAUAAUUGCCUACCAGAUGAAUAA